GCACUGCCACACUGGUCUAUUGCGUAUUUCUCGUUUCCUAAAUUUAUAUAACUUUCGUUUUUUAGAGGACGACCGUUUGGCUAAAGUUUCAAAAUUCGCUGUGGUUGGAGCAAGGUUAGCCAGUGCUGAAGUGGCACCGCAGAACUAGAAACAAAAUAACAACAACAGCUGGAUAACACAAACAACCUCAGGUGUUGUCGCGCUCUUAAUUAGUAUUCCUGUUGGUUUUUUCAAUUAGAAGUUAAUAAAGCAUCAUGUCGAUCCGCCGUGGAAUGUCAUCUGUGGCCAGCAAAGAGUGGAGGGAUUACUUCAUGAGCACUCAUUUCUGGGGACCUGCCGCCAAUUGGGGUAUUCCACUAGCUGCUCUGGCCGACACACAGAAGAGUCCCAAGUUCAUUUCGGGUAAAAUGACACUAGCACUGACCCUGUAUUCGUGUGUCUUUAUGCGCUUCGCCUACAAGGUCCAGCCCCGAAACUGGCUGCUCUUUGCCUGCCACGCUACCAACGCUACCGCGCAAUCAAUUCAGGGGCUCCGCUUCCUGCACUACACCUAUGGCGAAAAGGAGCAAUCGACGUAAUCCUCCACUCCCUGGGAUCGGCGCGCGAUGUUACUUCAAAUAUUUACCCAACAGCAGCGACAGCAAUUUACCGCCACCACACGCGACGAAAAUCUAGCAAAUUGCACUGCCCCGAUAGCACCCGAAAGACAAUGUGGUGGGGUAAUUGCCGUAAACCACACACGCACAAUCGGCUGAAUCUCGAAUUGCGAAGCAACGUCAUCGUUUCUGCUGGUCUGCUGUACCCUAUUCCAAAAGAGUCUAACCCCCAACAGCCCUCCCACUUGUAAAAUAAUUUCCCUCGGCAGCUGAUCAAAAUUUGAAGUUUUGGUGCAAUGUAAUCGUUAAUUACGAAUAAAAUAUUUUUUAUAAAAUUGGCCUGUAUGUGGAUAUGGUUUAAACAUUAAAGUAAAAAUACAAAAAACUGUGAAGAAUAAG